AUGUCCGAACCAAUAUUAGAAACCGAGACUCCGCCAGAAACAGAAGGGGAAGUAGAACAUCAUGGUAAACGCGCCAAGCUGGGUCGAUUCCUGCACAAAGAAUGGUCCAAAGGCAAAGAACUCAGCGCCGAACAACUCGUCAAAGCCAAACUCCAACUCCAACAUUCCCUCGGCCUCGGCGCAAAACCAAAUGUCAUACCGCCCGGUCCUGCUGCCAUCGAUGGCGAGCUUCGUACCGUGGAGAUAGGUUGGCAUCCUGUGCCGGGCAUGGGAGCGUUCACUGAGAAGACGGGCCUGGGUGGGAUAAUCAAUAAGAGUAUUGGGAAAUUCCCGGAUCCGACGCAGCAUUGGGCUGUGCUGAUUGGGGACUACGCGCAUGAGUUGUGGAUGGAUGAGGGGCUGGAUGUUAUUUAUAUUAAUGAGGAGGUUAAAAGGGAGGAUUGGAGGACAUUUCAGGUGGGGAUGACGAGGUUUACGGAUGAGGCUGUUAGACUUGCUGCUGAAAUGGUCAUCCACAACAUGCGAGCCGCCCGUCCCGGGUACAACCUCAUCAGCAAUAACUGCCAAAAUUACGCCGUCCUCCUCCUUGACGCUAUUCAAAUCGGUGCGCAUCAGGAAUUCGCUACGACGUUUGCUAUAUAUCAAGCAGCGACGGGUUCUGGUACUAUUAAGGAUUUGUUCAAGGAUAACCAUCCUGAGGAGCAGAGGUUAGAAGGGCAGAGCGCCGAAGGUGUACCGUUGGGAAGGACUGAUACGGUGCAUAAUGCACAGGUGGUUAUGGAACAGGAGACUACAAAGCUAGAUAAUCAUCGGUCGUUUUUCUGA